UCAGACAAUGUUUAUUCUGUAAAAAUGGUUAAAUUCUUUUGUAAAAAACUGGUGAUUCUUUUAAGCAUUUUUCGAACCGCUUUUCCGCAUAAUGAAGACUAUAAACUAUUGAGUGCCGAUUCAGAAACCUUACCGGCGCAUUCUGAUCGACGUACAUUAAAUUUUAAAGCCGAUGGAGCUGUGGUUUUAGCGCCCAAACCAAAAUUCACGCUUCAAACUGCUUCGGCUAAUACUACGCGACAAGGCAUACACUUCAACGGCGUCGCUAUUGGUACGUCGCUGCUAAUUAAGCAAAAGACAAGGCUCACUGAAGCAAGUCCUAAAGUGUUACGAAGGCAUCCAUAACAAAACAUCGACCAUAGAAAGCCCUCCCAAAAGGACGCGCCGGCACAGCGCUAGGAAAAGACAAAUCACAUUUUUUCCACCUACGCCCUCAGAACCACAGACGCGGAUUUUUUGCAAAAAUAACAGACUCAAGGGUACUCAGAUCGAAUAUCACCCACAACCUAUGAGAGGAGACAAUGUAGAUCAGAUAACGCCAAAGAAAUCGCUCUGGGUUGCAGUAUUUCUGCCCUUUCCCUCGGAAUGGAGUUACAGCAAUACCAAUACUUCGAAAGAAAAUUUCGACCAAAACUACGAUUUGGGUGAAGACAGUUUAAUGUCGAUUUGGAAUGGGAUAAUUCGUUCUUACACCGAUGUUAACAGCGAUAUAAACCUACUGGAAGAUUACGACUUCUGCUUGGAAGCCGUCCAUACACCCUGUAAUACGGCAAGCGGCAUUCGUAGCCUUUUCACCCAAAUGAAGCGUCGUCCAGAGACCUUGGCGAUGAUUGGUCCGUCCUGUAACCACGUGACUAGGGCUCUUGCACAAACGGCACGCUGGUGGAAUUUAAUCCAGAUGUCGUUUAGUGUCAAUGACGUUGCAUUGUCUAACCGUGACCUGUACCCUACAUUCACUCGUACUAUACCAAGCCUAAGGGCCCAGUUCAUUGCUGUUGUGUCAGUACUGCAACAUUAUAAUUGGUCCGUGGUGGACGUUAUACACUCCAAUUCACCAAGCGGAUUCGAGAACUUCAAUAGUUUUCUUGAGGUGGUGGCGAGCACAGGGAUUUCAAUCGGUACCUCAACACCAUAUCACCCAUACAAUGCUGGCGUUUUAAAGGGAAACGGCCUUGACCGUUUAAAUGAGACAAGAAACAACGUGAAGAUAUUCCUCGGGGCAAGCAAAGAUGCGUUUGACAUGUUUUGCCAGAUUUUCCUUCAUUAUCCAAACCUCAAAGCCAGUCGAAAAGUGUGGAUAUUAACUGGGUACGUAAGUGACCAUUGGUGGAAACAAAGUGUUCAAAAUUGUUCGUCGGAUGACGUAAGAAGUGCGAUUCAAGGACAUUUCCUUGUCGACGCUCGAAGCGCGAAUAAUAUGAAGAAUAAGACCGCAACACAAGAUUUCAGUAACGAACGAACCACAGUAACGUCGUCGCUUACAUCUUAUGCAUAUGAUGCUGUAUUGUCCGUAGCAACUGCUCUGGAUGAAACGAUAAAGGUAUUAUGUGUAAUCUUUAUACCAGAGUUCAUUACUUACUAG